CCCAGUGAACCCUCCCCUCCUCCAUCGUCCGUCUGCGCUACCAUCAACUCAGCAGCAGCACUCUGUGCAUGGUCCUGUUGGCGAGGAGGAGAGAGUCCCUGGAGCUCAGGAACAACACAAGCACAUAUGGAUUAACUUGGAUUUGUGCAUUUUUUUUUACCCGGAUUCUCUCGGAAACUGCUCUGGGAAGGGUACACAUACUUCCCUUUUUAGACAGGCCACUUAACUCGCCUCCGCUAGCUUAUUAACCAACUAAAUCGGUGUCUGAAAUCGUGCCAGUGUUAAUCUUCCUGUGAGUGGUAAUGCCUUCGACCAACGAGGGACAUUGGAUGUUUCUAUGGGAUAUAAAAAUCUUAGAUGCGCAUAGCGACUGAUGACACAUACCUCGCUUUAAGUUAGCCUAGUGGCUAACAAGUCUCAUUUUGCUAGCACGUCUCGUCGAAGCUAACUAGCACAUGAAUCAAACGCCACAAAUACUAACGGGAACGCCACUGCUCUGGAAGUGUGGAUUUUAUUUUUUUUUUAGAAGCAAAACUCUUUUUUCGAGUUGGUUUUGAUACUAGAUCACUUAAUUUACUGCAUCUUUUCGGCGACGUUUUAAUGAUUGAUGAGCCGAUAAGGAACCUUAACCAUUACACAGGAAGCAGCGACCACGGCAACAUAAACAACUGCAGUGCGUGGAUUUCUUGGGCUCCAGUCAUGACUCUGGGCCACUCUUUCUGCCGUGUGUAUUCGGUUCUGCUUCUGCCAUUACGUGUCUGAUCUACUUGGACCAAGAUUUUUUAGGAGUAACGGACGACAGCACACAGUGCCCUUAUACUCUUCAAGAAAGUUGUCGCCCAGCACCUUUCAGAUUUUUCAGAUGCAACGAGGUUUAAUGUAUCUGUUUUAAACGUUGUGAGGAAAGGAAGAAGACUGUCACAUCUGUGCAGUGCAGCGUGUGAUCUCAAAUUGUCUCAUGUGUGACCGAGUCUGCUCCCAGCAUUGCCUCUUAUAAGCAAAGGAAAAGACUGAGGCGCAUGCCGCACUGGUGGCAAACCAGUUCGUUUCGAUCAAGUGGACCGGGCCGACAGAUUCCCUGAGACUUGUAGGAGUUGACAGCUGUCUCGAGAGAGACCCAUCAUUUGGUGCAACAGUGUAUGUGUUUUAGUCAUAUUACAAGCAAGCAUCAGUACAAGCAAGGAAGUGCUGCGUAAAACACGACUGCAAUUCUGCAUGCACCAUCACAAUUUUCUGUGCAGAUUUUAGACUAAAUGACGUUGCAAGGACUGUAACCUGCGCAACUUUACGCUUUUAUGCAUUGAACUGCCACCAGUUGUCUUCAUGGCAGAAAUUUGGGAUUCUAGAUAAUGAUUUGAGGGGAAAUAAACCCGACCAAGACAACGCCACAUUUACGCUCGACGGUGAACCGUGUCAUUCGCUCCAUUGGUCCUGUCACACGCCUCGACCAUUGAUGCUGCUCAUAUCUGAUGGACUUUGUUUUCUGAUCCCCUAAAACAGCCCUCUCGAACCCAGUAUUUUAUCGAUUUGAUCAUUCCAGGGUCGAAAGAUGGCGGACCUCGAAGCAGUGCUUGCCGAUGUGAGUUAUUUGAUGGCGAUGGAGAAGAGCAAAUCUACUCCAGCGGCCCGGGCGAGCAAGAAAAUUAUCCUCCCUGAGCCCAGUAUUCGCAGUGUGAUGCAGAAAUAUCUUGAAGAGAGAGAUGAACUGACAUUUGACAAAAUUUUCAACCAGAAAAUUGGCUUCCUGCUGUUCAAGGACUUCUGUUUGAAUGAAAUUGAUGAGGCAGUACCGCAGCUCAAGUUCUACGAAGAAAUUAAAGAGUACGAGAAGCUGGACUCGGAGGAGGAGAGGCUAAGCCGGAGCCGGCAGAUUUACGAUGGAUACAUCAUGAAGGAGCUCCUGUCCUGUUCACAUCCUUUUUCAAAGAAAGCAGUGGAGCACGUACAAAGUCAUUUGGCAAAGAAGCAAGUUCCUCCAACUCUUUUUCAGCCAUACAUUGUUGAGAUUUGUGACAGCUUGAGAGGGAAGAUCUUCCAAAAAUUUAUUGAAAGUGACAAAUUCACUCGUUUUUGCCAGUGGAAGAAUGUGGAGCUCAAUAUUCACCUGACCAUGAAUGACUUCAGUGUUCAUCGGAUAAUCGGCAGAGGAGGCUUUGGGGAGGUGUAUGGCUGCAGGAAGGCAGAUACAGGAAAGAUGUAUGCCAUGAAAUGUUUGGACAAGAAAAGAAUUAAGAUGAAGCAAGGAGAGACGCUGGCUCUCAAUGAAAGAAUUAUGCUUUCACUUGUUAGCACAGGGGAUUGCCCAUUCAUUGUAUGUAUGACCUACGCCUUCCACACCCCUGACAAGCUAUGCUUCAUACUGGACCUUAUGAAUGGGGGCGACUUGCACUACCAUCUUUCUCAGCACGGAGUGUUCAGUGAGAAGGAGAUGCGUUUUUAUGCAGCUGAAAUAAUCUUGGGACUGGAACAUAUGCAUAAUCGUUUUGUUGUCUACAGAGACCUCAAGCCAGCUAAUAUCCUGUUGGACGAACAUGGACAUGUUCGCAUCUCCGACCUUGGACUAGCUUGUGAUUUCUCCAAGAAGAAGCCCCAUGCCAGUGUAGGUACGCAUGGUUACAUGGCUCCGGAGGUCCUGCAGAAGGGAACGGCGUACGACAGCAGUGCUGACUGGUUCUCUUUAGGCUGCAUGCUCUUCAAACUGCUCCGGGGACACAGUCCUUUCAGGCAGCACAAGACCAAAGACAAACAUGAGAUUGACCGCAUGACGCUCACCAUGAACGUGGAGCUUCCAGACUCAUUCACUGCAGAGCUCAAGGACCUGCUGGAGGGUCUGCUGCAGAGGGACGUAUCCAAGAGACUUGGCUGCCAGGGGCAAGGAGCCCAAGAAGUAAAGGAACACCAGUUUUUCAAAGGCAUCGAUUGGCAGCAGGUGUAUCUGCAAAAGUACUCUCCCCCAUUAAUCCCUCCCAGGGGAGAGGUAAACGCUGCUGAUGCUUUUGAUAUAGGCUCUUUUGAUGAGGAGGACACCAAGGGCAUCAAGUUGCUGGACAGUGACCAGGAACUGUACAAGAACUUCCCCCUAGUCAUAUCGGAGCGCUGGCAGCAGGAGGUGGCAGAAACUGUAUAUGAGGCGGUGAACUCCGACACAGACAAGAUUGAGGCUCGCAAACGGGCCAAAAACAAGCAACUAGGCCAUGAAGAAGACUAUGCCUUAGGAAAAGACUGCAUAAUGCAUGGCUAUAUGCUCAAGUUGGGGAACCCCUUCUUAACCCAGUGGCAGCGCAGAUACUUCUAUCUUUUCCCUAACCGUGUGGAGUGGAGAGGGGAAGGCGAAUCACGGCAAAAUCUGCUGACAAUGGAGCAAAUUGUGACUGUGGAAGAAACGCAGAUAAAAGACAAGAAAUGUAUCCUGCUACGCAUCAAAGGUGGAAAGCAGUUUGUGCUGCAGUGUGAGAGUGAUCCUGAGUUUGUGCAGUGGAAGAAAGAGCUGACUGAAGCAUUUACAGAGGCCCAGAAGCUGCUGCGUCGUGCCCCCAAAGUCAUCGGCAAAGGCAGAGCAGGAGUGGUUGAGCUGUCUAAACCUCCCCUCACACACCGCAAUAGCAACGGCUUGUGAACCCACACGCUCAUGUUCAUUUGCACACACAGUCUGACCUAUACACAGUCCUCCCUGUUUACUCACUAGCCUCAGGACUUUAGGACCUGAACCCUGUCCAUCCUUGGAGCCUGACUCCUUUGUGUGUGUUUACGGACCUACAGCACACAGCCAGAUUUGUGACCAAUCAUCUGUUGUUUGUACCACCAUGGGAACUUGACAGUCACCAUGAUGGAGGAGGAGAGCUGGAUAUCACAUUUAGAGGUCUUAGCAUGUGAAAGGCCUCUGAGUGAAUGUCUGUGUCCAGGAAAAGCUCCCUUGGCGUCAUGUUUUGCUUUAUCUUUACUAUUUCCCCACAAUUUCUACCCAAGUUAAAUCAGGAGGCUCGCAUCAAACCAGCUUUACUGUGGACCAGCUGAAGGAUGUUCUCUUUUCCUUCAGAAGAAAAUCAGAAAAAGUAUUUCUUAUGUAUAUGUGUAUUUUUGAGAGGCCUAACUUAGAAAAAUGGCUGCUCAAAAUGUUGUUCUCUUCAUUGUGUCUGUAACCAUUCCUCCCCUCCAAGUGAAGUGCGUGAAGUGCCAACAUUGAUAUGUACUUGAGACACCUGGACACAACAGCCUGGUGGUGAUUUUUGCCCACAUAUUCACAGAGAUGGAGAGAAAGCAGGGUGUUAAUGGUUCAGGCCUGAUCAUUCCAGCGCCAGGAAGUGCAAGGACCACAGACUGUUCUGAUUGGCUCUCGGACAGUCAGUUACUAUAGAGACUGCGCUUCCAUUGGGUGACAAGCAGCAGCUGGUUACUAUGGGAACCCCAUAGACUGGUAUCCAAGGACAACAUUGUAACUUGGGCUACACUCUGAGGUGAAGAAAUCAAGGAGAUCGACAGGAGAACAGGGAGUGACUCUUGAGUGUAUAUAAGUAACCCUUUCUCUGUGCAUCUCCAGUGUUUUAGUCUAUGCUACAAUGUGUGUGCAUUAUUAAGGACUUCUCUGUCUGCCUGUCGUGAGUUGUCCAUGUGUUGGGCUUUUUGAAAAAGGGGCUGGGGUCAGUUCUUGUGGGUGGGAGCAACCAGAGGAGCUUUCAAUUACUCGCAGCAUACAUAACCUAUUUGGACAGUGUCAGUUUAUCUAGGCUGAGUGACAACUUUCUUUGUGCGGUGUGUAUGUGCGCGCUCGUGCGUGUGCGUGAGUGUGAUAUAAUGACAAAUAUACAUUCUCUCAGUCAUUAGAAAAACAAUCCACCUCUGAUUUUAGUGUGAAUAUGAAGAUGACCACCUGAUGCUAAUUUAAAGAUUUUCCACUCUCUACAUUUUAGGGGCAUUUCUGGUUUCUUUUAUAUGAAGGUUUGAAAUGUUCUACUUUUUGCACUCUUUAUCCAACCUGCCUUGACUUGAGUUUGUUCAUUCAUUUCCAUGUCAUUCAAAAUCACCUAAAACAAGUUUCUAAUACUGAUAUAGAGCUAGCUACAGAGUAAUGUUUAUUAAAUCUCACUACUCUGUAAAUGGGUCCAGGGUGUAUGUUUAUUUUACUUUUAAAAUAUUAGACUAACAGUCAAACUCUAUCACUUAAUAUUAGAUUAUCAGUUUAAGAUGUCCUGUUACAGGCCUCUUGUUCCAUAUCACACGUUCCCUCUCAAUUUUCACAAAUGUUUUUGAGGCUCUUAAUGUAAAUAAUCUGUAGGUUGUCACAACUUUAUUAGUAUGAGACUGUUGAGUUUAUACUUGGGGAAUAAGUGCUUGUAUAGAUGAGUAAUGGUUCAUAUUAGCCAAUAAUAGCCUGUGUCAUCUUAACAUUUUAUAUUGCCCACUUAUGUCAAUCAAAUAUUUUCUCUACAAUUUAUUUCCUUAAUCUCAGCAAAAAUGAACAAUCUUAGCUAUAAACUUUUUUCAUUUCUACUUUUUAAUGAAAGUACUCCCACCAGACCCACAAAUGACAAUUAUACCUGGACUGGAGUUGUAUGUAUUUGAGUCAUCAUUGACAGAUGGUCUUAGUUUGAGAGAAGAGUGAAGUAUGUUGGGAAAAUCUACUCUAUUAAGUUUGUGUUGAUGCAGUACUGUCAUUGUGAUGUCCAUGCAUUUCUAGAGUUAAUGUUCGACUUUGUAGAAAAAGGUUUAUUUGGGUGCAUUUUUGAUUAUUUUUAGCCUUAUCAUUCAGGGGAGAGUUUUUUUGUCUAGAAAAAUGUGACACCCUUCAAGGUGUCUUUUUAAUUUUAUAAACCAAAAUGGUUUUGUUGUUUUACUCUUGUUGCACCUUUUAGCCCACUGUGUUACUUAUUAGUUGUUUAAUGUGCCAAAUAACUUGGAAGCUUGAUGGGAACCAAUGGGAAGUCGUCCUUCAGGACCUUUGACCCCUCUCUGUGGGUUCUGUGGACCUGUUGAGUCAGCAGUACAGUUGAACUUUGGUUCAGAGUAAGUCAGAAGCAGGGGUGCAAAACUGUGACCAAUUGUGUUUUUCCAGGACUGAAUGCAGCAGUGUGCAUCAGUCGGGCCUCUGCCAAGUUGCCAUGAAACUUUCACCCCAGUUCACCUCUCUGUAUGUAUGUGUGAGCAAAUGUGUGCUUACUAUUGUAUGUUUGCUCUGUGAACUACUUAAUUCUUGUGUUUGAACACAAAUCUGCCCUGAUACCGGCUCAACACAAGACCAUUUAAAGGGUGUGGCAUAUAGGAAAAAUGAAAGGUAUAUAUAAAUAUAUGUGUAUAAUAUGAAAUGAAAAAUUUCUCUAGGUUUAUUUAAAAAAUUACGUAGAAAACUGAAAUUGUUGCGAGGACGUCAGGGGUUUUGAUGUGAGUUUAUGUUUGUUGUUAUGAGUUCAGCUCAAACCUUGCACAUAAAGACUAAGAUAUUGUACCUGGAGUAACAGAUGAAUAUUUUUGUUCAAAUACCGGACUCUUUCAUAUUUAUUGUGGAGUGUGUGGAGACUAUGGUGGUAGAUCCUCCGGUUUACACCCAACAAAACCCUUUUUCAAUGUUAUAAACACAAGUACUACUGGCUUUAGGUUAUUGCCAUUCAGGUUAUGAAGAUGCUGAAAUAUAAGUGAUAUUAUUCAACAAUUAAAUUAAUUUUAUUUCAAUUAACUUGUUCUUUUGGUUUCCAAGAAUGGUAGGAAGUUGCGUCUUGGACUGCUUGUGCAAACAGUUCAUGAAUAAAAUCUUUUUUUCGUGUU